GCGUUUCCAAGGGUCUUGCAAGGUCAAAAUCCGCCCAGGGGUCUGUUUUAGGAAGAGAGGUGGUGCCAGGGGGCUAUGUUUGACGCUGGGUGGUAACUUCAGCACCUAUACGAAUGGGCCAGGGUCCUUUCCUGCAGCAGGAGACUCCCAUCGCUAAGGAGGCCUUACUGUCAACCUCCCAAUUUAGUCUGGUGAAAUGAGAUAAAGAGCUGUCUUUUUCAGACACACGGUUAUCUCCCUUUGGGGGAAGCCAUGUUUGUAGCUUUAAUGUAACACACGAAAGCGCCCCUUUGCUCUCAAGUGGCAUAUCUGAGCCUCUGGACAGCAAGGCUUGGUGCAGAAUUCAACCGUUUAUGAUUAGUGGCUUUCCAAGCAGCAGCGGAUUUUACACUCCAGAAUCUAGGUGCUUUUCAAAUUGGUUGUGUUCUGUAGCGUUCGAGAGGAAGAGUGAACCCAGAAUGAGACUUCAGAUCGUAGGUCAUGUGCUUGGUGCAUGGGUUUUAGCAACAGAUAGUGGUUUGUUAAUAUAAAAUGUGAAAGCAUUAAUUGUGUAUACCUAUAAUCAUGUGCUUUUCUCUGAGGGUAAACACAUUUUCAGUUUUGUUUUGAGCCUGAGACUAGUUGCAGUUCCAAAGUAGUAUUUUCUGAAUAAUGCGAUUGUGUCUCUAAAUGCUUAUCUUUGAAAAGCUCUUGUGCAAACUGAACCCUAGAAUCUUUGCAUAGUUAAAGGGUGAAAAGGGAAGUUAUAUUUUUUCAGGGAAAAAGAAAAAAAAGCCUUGUUUAUAAUAAGGAGUGAACAUUUCACUGCCUGCUCUGAGUGCCAGGUACUUUUUGUGUGCAGUGUUGUUUAAUCCUCACAAGUCUCCGAGAUAAUUGUUGUCCUCACCUGGCAGAGGCUGAAGCGGAAGAUGUUCAUUACACAAGCGAACUGCUAAUAGGGGCAUGGGCAGGAUCUGAAGCCCAGAUAUAUCUCCCUGCAAAUGUCAUGGCCCUUCUACUUCAACAAAGCUGCCCUCCAGUAAGAAUAUUGUGCAUAAUAUGGUGCUUUAUACUUCACACUUAGUAUGUGAGUUCUCAUUCCUCAGAAAAGCCUCGUGAGGGAGGUAGAAGAGAUGCUGUCUCAUUUUAACAGGUUAAGAAUUUGAGAGACUGAAUUUGUAGCUGAUCUGGGCAAUCCCUGAACCACAAGGGCUGGGAUGCAGAUCUUUUUAUUUUUAGUUUGAUGCUUUAGUAUUCAAUAACAUCUGGAAAAUUUUACACAAAAGUUGAGAAAUCUAAGUCAUAAUUUGAGAAAUUAAAUUUUUUUAGGUACUAUUUCUCACCUCUUUUCUGUGAUUACAGCACUGGUAUUUCCUCUGCAGGGUUAUUCUUUUUGCCUUGUGUUAAUAUUGCUCUGUGCAGGAGAGGGACGACGUGUGGGAACGUAUGUAACUACUGUGUGAUUAAAAAGCUGAUAUCCUCCACAUCUAAAAGAUAAAAAUCAGUAGGGAGAUUAAGAAAGGUUUCGUUCAAAACUUGCAUCAUCCUCCUGGGAAAUUGCUGGGUUGCUGAUUUGAGGAUUCUGAUAACUAUACAGACUGAAGGAUUGAGUAACUGUUAUAAUUCAGGAGAAUUCUCUCAUCCUUAGCAGGAUAAGGUAACUUGCACAAUUUGAGUAGUGGCUUGAAAGCUAAAUGAUUCAUUGAUGGCAGAUCAAGUUCCUAGAAUGUCUGAGGAAAGUGCUUUCUGUGACCAGCAGCUCAAAGGAGAUGAACUGGACAUUUAAAGUUUUCCCUUCUUUUGAAGUCACAGUUCUCUGCUAUCCUUAUCACCUUUUGUUGUUUUAGAUUCAUGUCCAGUAACUUACGUGGAAUUACAUAGUAAUUGGAGUAGGGCAGAUUGUUAUUUUGACCUUCUAAUGUUUGUGCUAUUGAUAGUCCUUUAAGUAAGGUACCAGGCCACUUGUGUAGUUAAUUGCAAAUGAUCUCCUUCUCUCUAAAGUAUGUGGAAAGUAGUGUGUUCAUUUUUGUGUUUCCUUUCAGCUUUUAGGGCUAACGAAAAUUCGUAAGAUAAAAAUGAGAAAUUGGGAGGGGCAGUUGAAUGCUGGUCAGCUCAAGUAGCUAAAUCAUUUUUAUUUUUAAUAUUUCCUCUGAAGAAGAUUAUGAAGACCAAGCUAGGACACAUCUCUUCUAGAAUUUGGUUACUGCACUGAAGCUUAAACAAUGGAGGAUUAUAUGUUAUCCAGAAAAAUAUUACCCUUUCUACCGGAAAAACAAAACAAGUGGCAGAAAUGUUGAGAGAGUGUCCCCAUUUUGUGUUGGGUCUUCUUGAAUUUUCUUUGGGGAAAUUUAGAUACUUCAAGCUCAACAAGCCCUUUCCAGAGGAGGCUGUUCUGCGUGAUAUUUCCAGCAACGCAACUUUUCUUAUUUUCCAAAUACACUCACAGUAUCAGAAUACAACAGUGUCUUUUUCUAAGACUCUCCUUCCCAGUACCUCGGGAACAGGCACUGACAAGGGACUGGUUUUCAUUCUUAGACCAGAGCAGAGUAUGUGCACAUGGUAUUUGGAGGCUGCAGAUGCUGAGCCUGUCCAAAGCAUGGCUGUUCCACUUUCCUACUCAGAAAGAGAUCCUGUCCCUGGGGGCUGUAAUUUGGAGUUUGAUUUAGAUAUCGAUCCCAACAUUUACUUGGAGUAUAAUUUCUUUGAAAUAAGCAUCAAAUUUGCCCCAGCAAACCUAGGCUAUGCAAGAGGCACAGACCCUCCACCAUGUGACGUUGGGAUGGGCCAGGACUCUAGGUGGAGGUUGCGGUAUGAUGUCUACCAGUAUUUUCUACCCGAGAAUGACCUCACUGAGCAGGUGUUGCUGAAACAUCUGCAGAGGAUGGUCGAGGUGCCUCAGGUGAAGGCCAAUGCUAUCAAGGUGGUUACCCUAACAGCUAAUGAUAAGACAAGUAUUUACUUCUCCUCUCUCCGGGUACAAGGUGUAAUUUAUAAUGUCAUUGUUUGGGAUCCACUUCUAAAUACAUCUGCUGCUUAUGUUCCUGUUCACACAUAUGCUUGCAGUUUUAAGGCAAUGGAGGGUGAUUGUUCUUCUCUUGGAAGAGUAUCUACCAAAGUGUUCUUCACUGUCUUUGCCCUGCUUGGUCUCUUCAUUUGUUUCUUUGGACACAGAUUCUGGAAAACAGAAUUAUUCUUCAUAGGUUUCAUCUUCAUGGGAUUCUUCUUUUAUAUACUGAUUACAAGACUGACACCUAUUAAGUAUGAUGUUCGUCUGAUUCUAACAGCCAUAGCUGGAAGUGUUGGUGGAAUUUUCUUGGUCGCUACAUGGUGGCGAUUUGGAAUCCUCAUGCUCUGCAUGCUGUGUGUUGGACUGGUGCUGGGGUUCCUCAUCUCAUCUGUGAUAUUCUUCACUCUGCUGGGAAACGUGAAGAUUUUUCGUGAUGAUGUUGUGUUUUGGAUGACCUUCUCUUGUAUAGCUAUUAUCAUCCCUUUAGUUUUCAUGGGCUGCCUAAGAAUACUGAACAUACUGACUUGUGGAAUCAUUGGCUCUUAUUCGGUGGUUUUGGCCGUUGAUAGUUACUUGUACACGAGCCUUUCCUACAUCACUUUGAAUGUACUCAAGAGAGCGCUCAACACGGAUUUCCACAGAGCUUUCACAAAUGUGCCUUUUCAAACUACUGACUUUAUUAUUCUGGCAGUAUGGGGGAUGCUGGCAGUAAGUGGAAUUACAUUACAGAUUCGAAGAGAAAGAGGUCAACCAUUUUUCCCUCCCCACCCAUACAAGUUAUGGAAGCGAGAGAGAGAGCGCAGAGUAACAAACAUUCUGGACCCUAGUUACCACAUCCCUCCAUUGAGAGAGAGGCUCUAUGGCCGAUUAGCCCAGAUCAAAGAGUUCUUCCAAGAGGAACAGUCAGCUGGAGAGAGAACACCUCUACUUCUGUAGAUGCCCAAGGGCUUGCUCAUUGUGAUCUUGAAGUACAACUUGAGUGCUGUCUCAGCCAUAGUGUUUAUGCCCAGACUGCUUCAGUAAACACAACUCAAGUCUGAUAAAAGAGCAGGCUUAUAUAUGUGUAUUUUACGUGGUAUUAUGGUCUCUUUAUUGCUACAUGGUAAUAAAGUGAGACAGAGAAGGUCAAGAAUUUGGUGAUAUGGAAGUUUUUUCUCAUUUCAAAAUGCUUGAGAAGUUACCUUUUGGUAAAUUUUAAAAUUUUGAAAUUACCUUUUGGUUUACAAAUAUAUGAUUAACUUAUUCCAUUAAAUAAUAAUAAUAAAAAAAAAACCCAAACCUGCUGCUGUUGAGUCGAUCCCAUCUCAUAGAGAUCCUAUAGGACAGAGUAGAACUGCCUUGUAGGGUUUCCAAGGAGUGGCUGGUGGAUUCGAACUACUGACCAUUUGGUUAGUAGCCAAGCUCUUAUACAUUUAAAAAUGCAUUAAAAAAUAACAAUAUUAUGAUUCUCCUGCAGAACCCUGGUAUUUCUUUUUAUAACUCUGUGAACAUUUCUCUCACCUGUCUAAACUUGGGAAGGAGGUGGUUUAAAUGUUAUACCGAAUUUACACUGUGUUUUGAGCAAACCACUGUGUUAUGGGUAUUGGUAAUAUAAUGUUGGCAUACCAAGGAUCCACAUAACUUACUGGGUCUUUUAUGGUUGUUGCAUAUACUUUGAGUUAACAACUAUUUAAAUUAUGCUGCUUUUUAUGGUUUUUUUUUC